AUGUCGGACAUAUCUCACCACCUCCUCGAUGAACUCCCCGAAGUUGACAGGCGAUCAUGUCGACUGCUAGGUCCAACUGCGUUGAUCACCCAGGGUCUCAUGGGCGUGUUGGUGAUGUCUUCGUUGGUAUAUAAGCGGCAUAGGGAGUCUCCAAAACGUCCGUGGCGAAUAUGGCUCUUCGACAUCUCGAAGCAAGUGCUCGGCCAGCUCGUAGUGCACGGCGUGAACGUGCUUAUCUCUGACCUUGUCGCGCACGCCGCUGACGGAAAUGCAUGUGUGUUCUACUUCCUCAAUAUCCUGGUAGACACUACCAUUGGUGUUGGGGUCAUCUACCUUGUCCUACAUCUCACGACAUGGCUCCUCGCUGAGAAAUGUGGUCUAAAAGGCUUCGAGUCGGGUCAAUACGGGACACCACCUUCGUUCGUUUACUGGCUGAAGCAGGCCACCGUUUACGUCUUCUCAUUGAUGACCAUGAAGCUGCUGGUUGUUGCCUUGUUCGCUGUAUGGCCUGGUAUCUUCAAGAUCGGCGAAUGGUUGCUGGACUUCUUGGGACCAAGCGACGAAAUUCAAGUGAUUUUCACCAUGGGCCUGUUCCCCAUUAUGAUGAACAUCAUCCAGUUUUGGCUCAUCGACUCUAUCGUCAAGUCGUCC